UUCAAUACAAAAAAUGCCUCUACAAAUGAAUGUCAAGGAAAAACAAAAAGUUUGGUUUCGCGAAGCGCGACAUAUUGAAGAAAUAAAAGGAGCAUUUUUAGAAUCUUUAAAGAACAAGGAUGACUGGUUUUUUUUAAUUUAUUUUCUUUUUAUAACUUUUUAAAGGCGUAAAAUACGCGAAAGAAUGAAAACUGUUUCUGUUGCUUUAGUUCUUUGUUUAAAUGUUGGGGUCGAUCCGCCUGACAUUAAAAAACCUUUGCGGUGUGCAAGAAAAGAGGCUUGGGUUGAUCCAAGUACUUCUAACCCUCAACGAUCUUCACAAAAAAUUGGGCAAAGUUUACAAAAAAUUUAUGAGAAAUUGCAGCCUAGAGCUCGUUAUAAAUCUGCAAUUGACCCGACAGUUGAUUGUGUCCGUAAACUCUGUACAAGUAUGAGAAGAAAUGCGAAAGAUGAGAGGGUGCUUUUUCACUUUAAUGGGCAUGGGGUGCCGAAACCUUCGGAUGCUGGCGAGAUUUGGUAUAUUCCUCUUUCAUUAUAUGAUCUCCAAUCAUGGAUGGGCGUCCCUUCUGUUUACUUAUGGGAUUGUAAUUCAGCCGGCACAAUUCUUAGAAUGUUCAUGCAAUUUGCUGACGAUCAUUCAAUCAAAUGGAUGGAAGAUUAUCAAGCAAUGCGAGAUAGAGAUAGAUUAGCUCAACAACAGCAACACUACAAUUCGCCUGGCCCAUCAAUUGACCAAAUUAACGACUCAAAUAAUUUUUACGGGAGUAAUGGAAAUGAUGUUGCUUCUAGUGGAGCUUCAACAAGUAGCCAUUCUGUCCAAACAUUUAAGAAUUGUAUUCAAUUGGGUGCCUGUUCUGUUGGUGAAACACUUCCUUUCCAUUGUGCUGAUUUACCAGCAGAUUUAUUUACUUGUUGCUUAAUUACUCCAAUACAAACUUCACUUCUUUGUCAUAUGCUCAAAUUAGGUGUUAAAUCACGAUUUCCUCAAAAUAUAAUUGAUGACAUUCCUGGCGUUUUAACAGAUAGAAGAACACUUCUUGGUGAAUUAAAUUGGAUAUUUACAGCAAUAACUGAUACAAUUGCUUGGAGUUGUUUAAGUAGAGAUACUUUUCAAAAGCUUUUUAGACAGGAUUUACUAAUCGCCUCAUUAUUUCGAAGUUUUUUGCUUGCUCAAAGAAUAAUGUUAGAAAAUGGUUGUCAUGUAGUCUCAACUCCAGAACUUCCAUCUGUUCAUGCCCACCCUUUAUGGGAAUAUUGGGAUUAUGUUUUGGAUUUAUGUAUUGCAAAUAUGUACAAUCUACUUCAAUCAAAGGAGAGUAUUAUGUAUUUUACUAGAACUGAUUGUUAUGUUGGCACUCCAUCACUUAAACCUAUUUUUCUCAUUGAACUCCCUCAAAGUGCUAUAACUGAAUCUGAAUAUGCCUACAGUUGGUUCUUUAUUGAACAGCUCCAAGCCUUCGAAGUUUGGUUGAAGUUUUCUGUAGAUAAAAAUGAGCCUCCUCAACAACUUCCUGUUGUCCUUCAAGUUCUGCUUAGCCAAAUUCAUCGUGUUCGGGCACUCGAACUUUUGGCUCGUUUCGUUGACCUUGGUCCCUGGGCUGUUGUUUCUGUACUUACUGUUGGAAUUUUUCCCUAUGUGCUAAAACUUUUGCAGUGUGGUACAAGAGAAUUACGUCCAGCUUUAACUUUUAUUUGGGCAAAAAUACUAGCAAUUGACCCAAUCUGCCAACACGAUCUUGUCAAAGAUAAUGGUUAUUAUUAUUUUCUUCAAGUACUCAAUGAUCAAUCAAUGUCUCCGCGUAUGAAAAUUGUUUCUGCUUUUGUAAUGGCUACAAUAAUUUGCAAUAACUAUAGGCCUGCCCAAGAUAAAUUAGUUCAGAGUGACUAUGUCAGCCUUUGCAUCGAAUUAUUAUCGAAUCAACAAGUUACUCAAUGUAGAAUGCUCUGUUUAUGGCUACUUAUUGGACUAGGUCGUCUUUGGUCAGAAUGUGACAAAGCCAGAUGGCAAGCCAUUAGAAAUGUUGCUUAUGAUAAAGCUGUUGAUUUUCUGAGUGAUGAAGUACCAGAAGUUAGAGCUGCAGCUGUAUAUGCUCUAGGUUGUUUCGUUCAUAAUACUUCACGAAAUAAUGAACAUGCAACAGCGGUUGAAAAUGAAGUAUGUGACAAACUUUGUGAAAAUUGCAUUUAUGAUGGUUCUAUAAUUGUACGUGCAGAAUUGGCAUCAGCAAUUCAAUGGUUUGUUAUUGAUUUUCAAUCUCGUUUUGCUGCAAUUUGUAUUGAAUUGGAUCGAAAAAAUGAACAUUUACUCCCUGAACAAAAUUCCGAACUUGAAAGACCAAUAAUUAGCGGGUCAAAAAUGCGUAUUGGAAAUGGAACAGUGCAUGCAGGAAUGGAAUCACAAUUGGCAUCUUCUGUGGACUUUACUGGUAAAAAACAAAGUUUAACAAAUAGUGUUGCUGAGAGCAGUUUACCGAAAAGGAGUAUGAGUAGUGUUUAUUCAAUUAUUCCUCGAUCGGCCUCUCUUCUUUAUCCUGCCAGCCGUCAAAGCACUAAUUCUAGUCGUAAAUGUAGUCUUUUACCUCGAUCUGAUUGCCCAACGUCAUCUAGUCUUCAUAUUGAUUCUCAAAGCGCUUUCAAAUAUCGAAUUCUUGCUCAUAUUCGUACUCUUGAAGCCAAGGCAUUCAUUGGUCCAUUUGAACGAAUUUGGCUUUGUGUAUUGCGUUUGGGCCUCGAUCCAUUUGAGGAUGUUAGUAAAAUGGGUGAACGUAUUAUUACCUACAUAUUUGAACUUUCAACAAAAAUCAAAGAGGCUCGUACAAAAGUUUUGGAAUUUAAACAGCAAAAAGUUCAUAAACAUAUGUCUGCUUCUUUGGGGGAAGGAAGAACUGUUUCUGGAAGAAGACAUGACAGUGGGCAAUCAAAGUCAAUUAGCGAUGUUGGUUAUAAUGAUGGAAAUAAUGAAUAUAAUAAUAAUGAUACUUUACAUUCUAAUCCAUCGGUUAAAUUUCUUGUUGGUUCCCCUUCAGCGCAGCCAUCGACUAGUUCAAACUAUGACAACAAUGUCCUGACCGUAGACACGGGUAAUACAUCUACAAUUAAAGAAGAGGAAAAUGGAGGUGAAAUUUCACCGGAACUAGCCCCUACAAGCAACGGGAGCAGUGCCAGAACAACAAAUUCUAUGACUGACUCAAUGGUUUCUGAAAAUAAAAAACAAGAAUUACUAUCUCCUCCUUCGACAUCACUUAGACAAUCUCCUCAAACUAUGGACAAUGCUAAGCGAAGAUUAUUGAUGGAUCCCUUUAUUCAUCAUAGUUUAUACACACCAAAACGAAGUAUUUUUGGUACAAAGUCUGGAGCUUAUUCUCAAGUUAAUAAUGACAUAAGCGAUGCAUUACUUGCUGAGCAAGCUUCAACAAUUGCAGCUGAGGGACUUGUGAGGACAUCUUUUGUUGAUUGGUGUGCCAAAACAUGGACAGAACCACUUUAUGGAACUAUUUAUGAUGAUAGCUCAACUUCGACUCGUAAUUCACUUGUAAACAGUGAAAUGCCUUUCACAGUUGAGCAACCCACAGAUUGGGCAAUACAUAUACACGAUGGAAUUUGGCAAAAAUCAAAAAAAGAAAUGGAACUUAUAAAAGAUAAAAAGGCCCGAUGUGAAGUACAAUGUAUGAAAUUGAAAUUUGAGCAACCAGCAACAAGUCUAGCUUGGAGUCUUUUAAGGCCUUAUGUUUAUAUAAGCGAUGGGGGAAGAGUUCGUAUUUAUAGUUAUCCUACCGGCGAUACUUUACUUCAACAACAAUCUUCUGCCUCUCAACAACAGCCAGCGCCACCUCCUCCCAGCAAACUUUGUAGUGAAUGGCAAGUAGACUGCGAGGCAUUUUUGUUAGAUUCUAUUACUGAUUUAAUGGUUGUUAAUGGUUUAACUCAUGAAUUAUUGAUGACUGGUUCAAGAAAUGGAUUGCUUAAGAUUUGGGAUCCACAAUUCUGUGAGCAUUCUUAUUCUCUCAAAGGACAGACAAAGUUAAUUACUGCCACUUAUUUGUUGAAUGACAUGCCACGUCUGGGUAAAGGAAAUAAAACUCUUUAUCAUUGGGAUCAAGACAAAGGACGUCUUAUUUGUUCUGGAAAUGUAAGAAUUUGUCGAAUUUGGGAUGCUUGGGCAGAAAAGUCUAUUUUUGACGUUUCAUUACGCCAUGGAAAGGGAAGUGUUGUAAAUAUUGCUUCUGAUUUGAGUUGUGAUCUUGUUGGAUGUGGGUUUUCUGAUGGUACAUUGGCAGUAUUUGAUACUCGUCUACCUUCCAAUGAAUGUGAAAUUAUGAGGUUGAGAGAUUCAAAUGCUCCCGUCGUUGGGAUGGGAAUCUUACGAGAACGCCAAAGACUUUUAGUUGGAACUAGAGAUGGACUUAUACGUUUAUGGGAGCCAAGAAUGUUCCAGGAACCUGUUGCUGAAUUUAAUGUUGUCACAGAAGUUUUUCAAAAUAGUUCAUCAGUAAGUGACAAUUCAAAGCUGCUUCAUCAAAUGGAAGUACAAAGAAAUGCUCAGGUAUGGAAAUAUUAUAUUUUUGUUUUGGACGUUAGAAUCAUUUUUUAA